CAGGAGCUGAUUAAAACAUGUGUAGCGUUCAUUGAACGCUAGACGCGAGUUUAUAAAUAGAUUAAGACUCGACAAUUGUCCAGCAGCCGCUUCCGUUAGACGUGUCGAUAGUGCGUUCGACCUUUUUGAACUGAAUAAUGGUAUUUGGCAUGACGUGGAAAUAAUAAUGCGUGUAGUUCUUGUCCUGCUUGUGAUUUGCGCUUUGAGCGUCGGUUUUGCAUUGGAUUUGGAGUACGAAAAGCCGACGGUGCUAAUAACGCUGCUGGUGCGCAAUAAAGCACACAUAUUACCCCUAUUCCUUAGCUAUGUGGAGCAGCUUGAUUAUCCCAAAAAGCGCAUUGCCAUUUGGUUGCGUUGUGAUCAUAGCAGCGAUAACAGCGCCGUGCUGUUGCAACAGUGGCUGAGAAAAUCGGGAAAUCUUUAUCACAGCGUUGACUAUGACUUUGACCAGAAGACGCAGCGUUAUCAAAAUGAAACCUCUGUCUACGAUUGGCCGGAGUCGCGUUUCAAGCAUUUGAUUGCACUGAAAGAGGAGGCGCUGCAAUAUGCACGUGAUAUUUGGGCUGACUAUAUAUUCUUCUUGGAUGCCGAUGUACUUUUAACAUCGCCCCAAACUCUAACUUCGCUCACACGUCUCCAGUUGCCGAUUGUGGCACCCAUGUUGUUCUCGGAGGGUCUUUACUCGAAUUUCUGGUGCGGCAUGACUGAGGAUUAUUAUUAUCAGCGUACGGAUGAGUACAUGGAGAUAUACCAUAGACGUAAAGUCGGUGUCUAUGAAGUGCCCAUGGUGCACACAGCUGUCCUGGUGGAUAUGAACUAUGCCGGAGCACGCUACUUAACUUUUGACCGUCAGAGAUUAAUCCAAAUGCAGUCCGAACAACAAUUGCGAGUAUAUGAUGGACCCGUCGAUGACAUCAUUGUAUUUGCCAUGUCAGCCAACAGUUCCGGCGUUCCGCUGCGUGUCUCCAAUGAGCUGGCUUUUGGCUAUCUGAUGCAACCACUGGAACCAAGUGAUACUCUGGAGCAGGAUGUGCAGCAGUUAAUCAAUAUACGAGCCAACAUGGUUAAUGAUUUGGGCCAAGUGCCGCCAAUUCUUGAUUAUUUUCAAAAUCACAUACAUUUGCCUGAGAAAAGCAAAGUUAAUUUCGAUCACAUCUUUAUGAUCAACUUGCUGCGUCGUCCAGAGAGACGGGAGAAAAUGGAGCGAAUAUUCAAUGAAAUUGGAUUGGAUGUGGAGCACUUUCCUGCAGUGGAUGGCAAGGAAUUAAACGCCCAGCUCGUCCAGCAAAUGGGCAUUAGUUUUCUGCCCGGCUAUGAGGAUCCGUAUCAUCAUCGACCCAUGACCAUGGGCGAAAUCGGUUGUUUUCUUAGUCACUAUCGCAUUUGGCAGCAAAUUGUGGAGCGCCAGUUGCAGCAGGUGCUCAUCCUAGAGGACGACAUACGCUUUAAGCCAUAUUUCAAGUCAAAUGCGUUGCGUGUGCUAGAACAAGUCGAAAAACUGGACUACGAUCUCAUCUACUUUGGACGUAAACGUUUAAAGGAAGAGAAUGAGCCAUGGGUCGAUGGCACCGAUAAUCUUGUGCAUGUGGGCUAUUCUUAUUGGACACUGGCAUAUGUCAUCACGUUGCAGGGCGCAAACAAGUUGCUGGCAGCGAAACCGCUGGAGAAUCUCAUACCUGUGGAUGAGUUCCUACCCAUCAUGUUUGAUCGACAUCCACAGAAGGACUGGAGCUCUGUUUUUGAGACGCGCAAUUUAAUUGCAUUUAGCGCUGCUCCAUUGCUGCUUUAUCCCACGCACUAUACGGGCGAGUCCGGUUACAUAUCGGACACGGAGGACUCCCAGCAAGUGGCGUUCGUGGAGACAACGGCUGACGAACCGCAACCAAAGAGCGAUCGCCAGCAAAUAUUUGCCAACAGUCUGCAACUGGAUCAGGAUCUAAAGCUCGGCGAGAGUAGCCAUAACAAUGCCUUGCCCCAAGUGAGCAUGGGAAAAUCCCAUCAGGAGCUCUAAGAACUAAAUCUUUGUUCAAGCAAUUUUUCAUAUAAUGCCAAAAUUUAUACAUUUAACUACUUUUAAAAAUGCUCUGCCAAAUGUGUGCCUUGUAAAAAAAAGUUUUAAGCUAACAAGCAAUCUCCAUUACCACCAAAUACUAAUUAAACUUAGUGAAACACUUAACGAACAACUACACUUAAGAUGAUAAUAAAGAAAUACGUUAACUUGGUGACAAAUUAAA